CAGGCUCCGGACGUGCAAGCUCAGCGGCCAUGGCUCACGGGCCCAGCCGCUCCGCGGCAUGUGGGAUCUUCCCGGACCGGGGCAUGAACCCGUGUCCCCUGCAUCGGCAGGCAGACUCUCAACCACUGCGCCACCGGGGAAGCCCCUGACCUGGGGUAUUUUGAGGAGUCUUGGGCGAAUCAAAUAAUUUUCAGCUUUUUCCAAGGAAAGUACAAAACAGAAAACUUUACCCAUUUCUUGUGCUUUUAUGUUGGUGGGGUGAGGCUUAUGGAUGGUCUUUGGGUGAGGGAUAGAAGAGGUCUGGAUAACCCAGAUAGCUCCAUUACUUGGUGAGAAAUAAUGGUUUUGAAGUAUGACUUGGCUACUUUAAAGUGGCUGUAUCAGCUCAGUAGGAGUUAGCAGUUUGAUGUGGCUACCAAAAAGCCAGUCUUAAGAGAAGUAUCUCUGGUGGGGGAGGUAAGAACCCCACUCUGCUUUGCCUUGGUCAGACCUUAGUUGGAAUACUGUGUUAAGUUCUGGGGACUGUAGACUAAGAUAAAUAUAAAGCAACUAGGACCCACAUUCAGGAGAAAGUUUGGAUCACAAUGUGGAAAUGAAAUCUGGACGUUUAGGGAAAUAGGGCUGUGCAGCUGAAGAAAAGACUUGAAGGGCUGAGAUAACAGUCUUCAAAUAUUAGAAGGAUUGUCUUGUGGAAGAGGAAUGUUGAUUUUUUUUUCUCUGUGGCCCUAAAAGAUGCAACCAGAAGCCACAGGCUCUGGGGAAGUGGAUUUGUCCUUACAAGGAAGAAUUUUUUGUUCUAUCUGCCUAAAUAUGUUUUAUCUGCCUAAAUAUGUUGAGUUUUGUUGUUGUUUUAGAAAGUGGUGGAUUCCCAGUCCCUGGAGGUCCUAGGACAUGUGCCAAGUAAUUACUUGGUGGAGCCAUGGCAGAGGAAAUUCAAAGCAUGCUGAUCCCAUUUUCAAUGAAGAAUUGCUUCCAGUUACUUUGUAACCUCAAGGUCCCAGCAGCUGGUUUUAAAGACACAGUUAAAAGUGGGCUCAUUUUACAGUCAGUUUCCAAUGAUGUUUACCAAAACCUGGCUGUAGAAGACUGGAUCCAUGACCAUAUGAAUCUAGAAGCCAAGCCGGUUCUUUUCUUUUGGAGGAAUUCUCCCUCUGUUGUAAUUGGUCGGCAUCAGAACCCUUGGCAGGAAUGUAACCUGAAUCUGAUGAGAGAAGAAGGUGUAAAACUAGCUCGGAGGAGAAGUGGAGGAGGAACAGUCUACCAUGAUAUGGGUAACAUCAACUUGACUUCUUUUACAACCAAAAAAAAGUACAAUAGGAUGCAAAAUCUAAAAUUAGUUGUUAAAGCUCUGAAGGCUGUCCAGCCGCAGCUGGAUGUGCAGGCUACCAAAAGGUUUGACCUUUUCCUUGAUGGACAGUUUAAAAUCUCAGGAACAGCUUCCAAGAUUGGCCAGACCGCUGCUUAUCACCACUGCACUUUGCUAUGCAGUACCAAUGGGACCUUCUUGUCAUCUUUGCUGAAGAGCCCUUACCAAGGGAUCAGGAGCACUGCCACUGCGAGCACACCUGCCUUAGUAAAAAAUCCUAUGGAAAAAGAUCCCACUCUGACCUGUGAAGUAGUGAUAAAUGCUAUUGCCACAGAGUAUGCUGCAUCUCAUCAAAUCGAUAAUCACAUUCACCUAAUAAACCCAACAGACGAGACGCUGUUUCCUGGAAUAAACAGCAUAGCCAAAGAACUACAGGCCUGGGAAUGGAUAUAUGGCAAAACUCCAAAGUUCAGUGUAAACACUUCCUUCACUGUGUUAUAUGAACAUUCACACUUGGAAAUUAAAGUAUUCCUAGACAUAAAGAACGGAAGAAUUGAAAUCUGUAAUAUUGAAGCACCUGACCAUUGGUUGCCACUGGAAAUACGUGACAAGUUAAAUUCAGGUUUUAUUGGUAGUAAAUUUUGCCCAAUUGAAACGACUGUGCUUACAAGUAUAUUACAUAGAACAUGUCCAGAAGAUGAUGAACUACACAGUAAAUGGAAUAUGCUCUGUGAAAAAAUUAAGGGAAUAAUGUGAUUCCAAGUAAAUUUCUUAAUAUUGACAGUUUCAAUGAGAGAAUUUAAAAUGUCUACAGUACAUUGUAUGUCUCUUAAAAUAAAAAAGAUCUAGU